AUGGCCGCCGCCUUCGACGACGAAGACCUCUCCGUCUCUCUGCCCUCCGUCGAACGAGAUCGCCAGCGUGACCGUGCCAGUGCUGCUGUUGCUGCUGCUCCUUCGCCCAAGACCAAGAAUCCCUCCGCCAUGGCAAUGCCCCCGCCUCGACCGACCGGCAAGGGCGCCGAUGCCUCGAUGCAGUCCCCGGCGACCACGAGAGACAUGCAGCGUCUCGAUCAAUAUCAGACGAUUAAGAUCCUGGGUGAGGGGUCGUUUGGUAAGGUAAAGCUGGCGAUUCACCAGCCCAGUGGUCGUCAGGUCGCUCUGAAGAUUAUCUCCCGCCGCAAGCUGCUAUCCAGAGACAUGGUCGGUCGCGUGGAACGUGAAAUUCAGUACCUUCAGCUGUUGCGACAUCCUCACAUUAUUAAACUGUACACUACGAUUGCAACCAAGAGUGACAUUGUGAUGGUUUUAGAAUAUGCCGAACGAGAGCUUUUCGACUAUUUAGUGAGAAGAGGCCGAUGCAACGAUACCGAAGCCCGGAAAUUCUUUCAGCAGAUUAUUUGUGCCGUGGAAUACUGUCAUCGUCAUAAGAUUGUGCAUCGUGAUUUGAAGCCGGAGAACCUGCUCAUCGAUAGCGAGAAGAACGUCAAGAUUGCCGAUUUUGGUCUAAGUAACAUUAUGACGGAUGGAAACUUUCUCAAAACCAGCUGUGGUAGUCCGAACUAUGCGGCGCCGGAGGUGAUUUCAGGAAAGCUCUACGCGGGACCCGAGGUGGAUGUAUGGAGUUGUGGUGUCAUUCUCUAUGUGCUGUUGGUUGGGAGAUUGCCAUUCGAUGAUGAUUAUAUCCCGGCCCUGUUCAAGAAGAUUGCUGCUGGAAACUUUCACAUGCCGGCUUAUAUCUCUUCUGGGGCUGCCCGGUUGAUUAGACAGAUGUUGCAGGUUCACCCCGUUCACAGAAUUACUAUCCCGGAAAUCCGCCAGGACCCCUGGUUCCUUCAAGGCUUGCCUAGCUAUUUACAACCACCACCAGAAGAAUUUAUUGCUCCUGGGGUGGACCCAACCAAGUCUAUUGACCCUCGCAAGAUUGCACCUGGAAAGCCUUUGUCCGUGCAGCAUAAAAUUCAUCAAGUUGCCAUCUCUAAACUAGAGCGGAGCAUGGGUUAUGCCCGGGAUGAUAUCGAAGAUGCAUUGAGACACCCCGAGCCCAGCGCCGUCAAGGAUGCCUUUUCUAUCAUUGUUGAAAACGAAAUGAUGCAAACGAGCUCACCCACGGAUGACAAUCCGAUGGAUACCCCUGCUUCGCCUUCUAAACCUCAAACCCAGAAAAGAACAUCGCUACCUCCACCUGCCCGACCAACAGAGACUGCUCGUCCCCAGGGCAGUACAGCUCCUCCGGCCCCUGCCCCUGCCGCCCCUCCAGCACCACGUGAGCCGCAUCGUUCGCCUGCCCAGUUACCUCAACCCGACCCGGAGGAUCCGGAGUCAGUGCGUGUCAGCCAUGUCAGAAUUCUGCCUACGAGUUUGCCAUACGUCCACGAGCAGCUUAUGGAACAACGAGCUCGGGAACGGGAGCAGCGGGCCCGUGAUGCGGACAGACUGCUUGAAGAACGGCGCGGUCUCAACCCUGAUGAUGAAUCGGAAGAGUCUCGCAAAGCACGUUCACCCGAGCAGCGGGAAGCUACAGCAAGAGCAUUGAAACCUCACUCUCGUAGUAUCAUUGAUUUGGAUAAGUUGCGGUUCGAACCACCGGAGGGCCGUACCGCACCGCAUCAGCCGAAAAGAUCAAGAAAGUGGCAGUUCGGUAUCCGUUCUCGCAAUCAGCCUUACGAAGCGAUGUUGUAUCUCUACAAAGCUAUUCUAGCACAGGGUGGUGUCUGGGAUAUCCAACCUGUCGAGUCAGGCAAUCAAAUAGAUCCGCAGUCCGAGGAUGAACCGAAGCCGUUGCAGGGUAAAUACCCCGACUUGUCUCCCGAUUACUACAUUCCCAAAGACCCCUGGUUCAUCCGCGCCCGUCUUCUGAAACAAGGUGUCAAAGCCCCUGGCCGCUCGACUAGUGCAGGAAGCAGCCGAAGCGACUUUGAAGAAGUUCGCCGUCGAUUCAACAGUACCAGUAUGGACUUUGACGAGAAGAACUUUACUGCUCCGGACCAUGACGGCACCUCGAUCCCCUCUUCUGCCACACAACAGCAAUCAGCACAACGGAUGCUGUACGGAGUCUGGGUUUUCGUCGAUAUCCAACUGUAUCAACUGGAGGAAACCAACUACAUGGUCGAUUUCAAGUGCGACGGAUACCAAAAUGUGAUCCGCGCAGAAGGCGAGACGGAAUGGCACCCGAUUAGCAAGAGAUUCCGAAACAAGGAAAAGGAAGUCACCAGCCCUUAUCCAUUCCUGGAUGUUGCAUCUGAUCUGGUGGCACAGCUAGCUGUCGCCAGCUAA